AAUUACUGCUAUAAUUUACAUAACUAAAAGCAAGAUUCUGAUAAUAGUAAAAAUAUUUAUUUAAUUAAAUUUUCACCACUUCCCUCUCUCUCUCUAGAUAGCAUUUAAAACCCCACAUUAGCCAACAGUCUAUCUAUAUACGCAGAAUCAUAGUCUCGAUCUGCCGCCAUAUUCAACCAGUUUCACAUUUAAUGUGAACACGUUCUCCUUCCUCACACAUCCUCAAGACUCAAAACACACACAACAACAAGACUCCCUCAACAAAAUGUCUAUUCACGGACGCUUCCCGGCGAGUCCACCGGUCUCUUCAUCUCCCUCCUCUUCCUCCUCCUCCUCAUCACCAACCUCUCACUCCCCUUCCCCUCCUGAUCUCAAACAACGUGUCAUCGCCUGUCUCAACAAGCUCGCCGACCGUGACACCUUAUCUCUCGCCACCGCGGAGCUAGACUCCAUCGCAAGAAGCCUCACUCACGACUCCUUCUCCUCUUUCCUCACCUGCAUCCACAACACUGACUCCUCCUCUAAAUCCCCCGUCAGGAAACACUCCGUCGCCGUCUUAUCUCUCAUGUCCCGCCACCACGGCGACUCCCUCUCCCCUCACCUCGCCAAGAUGGUCUCCACCGUCAUCCGCCGUCUCCGGGAUCCCGACUCCUCCGUCCGCUCCGCCUGCGCCGCCGCGACCGCCGAUAUCUCGGCUCACGUCACGACGCACCCGUUCGCCUCCGUCGCGAAGCCGCUCAUAGAGACGUUGAUCCAGGAAGGGGACUCCAACGCGCAGAUCGGAGCGGCGGUGUGUUUGGCGGCGGCGGUGGAAGCUGCGGCGGAGCCGGAGUCGGAGCAGUUGAGGAGGUCUCUUCCCAAGAUCGGGAAGCUGCUGAAGAGUGAUGCUUUCAAGGCAAAGGCGGCGCUUUUGAGCGCGGUGGGGAGUAUUAUUACCGCGGGAGGGGCCGGGACUAAACCGGUUUUGGAUUGGUUGGUUCCGGUUUUGAUUGAGUUUCUGAGCAGUGAAGAUUGGGCGGCGAGGAAAUCGGCUGCGGAGGCGUUGGGGAAGGUUGCCACGGAUGAGGAGUUGGCGUCGCAGUACAAGAAAGUUUCCACGGCGGCUCUUGAGAGCAGAAGGUUUGAUAAGGUGAAAGGUGUUAGAGAGACUAUGAAUCGAGCAUUGAGUCAGUGGAAAGAAGUCUCUAGUGAUGUAGAUGAAGUCUUGUUGUCUCCUUCUAGAUCUUCCACUGAUGAUGGUGGCAUUGGAUGCUUUUCAUCAGUCACGAGAAGUGCAAGCGUUGAUGUUGGUUUUAAGUCUUCAAGACCAAAGAAAGCAACGUCUAUAAUGAAGAGGUCCCCAUCUUUACCUGUGAGUAGAUCAUAUGGAACAACUAGACAACAAAAGGAGAAUCUUCCUAAAAGGAAUGUGACCAUGUUAGCAGCUUCUAUUGUGGAUGAUAAGAAGGGACCACAGGUAAAGCAAUCUUUGGAAGAUCGGAGUAGUGAAAGGGUUGAAUCGAAGGAAGAUGAGGCCAACUCAGGGGAAGCAGAUGUAAUCAAACAUACUAUCUCUGAGAAAAGCAGGGGAGAUAAAAGGUCUGCCUCAAGGGUUGCACCAUGCAGUGACGAUGGUGAUGAUUCUUGCGUCCCUGUUGUCAAGAAUGGUAAAGAUGAUGGUGGUGAGAGCAGGAAAGACAGCGAGGAACUGUCUUUGAUACGUGAACAGCUUGCUAUGAUUGAGAACCAGCAGUCCAGUCUCUUAGACCUACUCCAGAAAUUCAUGGGAAGCUCACAGAGUGGGAUCCAGUCUUUGGAGUCUCGAGUAAGCGGUUUAGAGAUGGCUUUGGAUGAAAUAUCAUGCGAUCUUGCGGUUUCAAAUGGGAGAGUCCCUAAGAAUAGUAACUGUGGAGGAGAGAGUUGUUCAAAACUAGCUGGUACAGAGUUCUUAAGUCCAAAGUUCUGGAGAAAAACCGAGGAGAGACCAAUUCAGACACGGACCAGAAACACAGCCAGUGAAAUGGCUGAGCAGGAGAACAGUUUUGACCAGGGGAUAACGACAAAUGUGAACAGCGUUGGCCCAAGGGGAGGUGGUUCUGUUUAUCAGAAGAGAUCAGCAAGAAACCAGUUCCAAGACUCUAUGCAUACAACCACCAGAUUAUCUACUUGAGUGAUUCUAUUUUUUUUACUGGGAAAGAGGGUGAUGUGAGGAUUGAAGCACACAGUAGAAGCUGACCAGACUGACUCAGACGAAUGUAAAAGCCAAAUCUCAGAUUCGAUGCUUUGCUUCAAGCCUAUUUGAAUUUUUAACUCUCUCACUCACAUGUCUUAGUAAGCUUUUUCUCUUUUAGAAAAAACAAUCAAAUAAUUUAAUCAGUGGGGGAGUUUCAAAGAUUGAAUGCAUGUGAAUAGAAAUGAUAUUUUUAUGUGAUGUGUCAUUGGAGUUAUGUCAAAACCAUGGAUGGAGAGAGAUGUAAAGAUUUGUUUGACUCUUUGGUGCUACUCUUGAUCUGUAUAUCUUUUGAAACAAUGAAUUAUUGGUUGCCAUAUAAAGAAUCAGGG